AUGGCUACUAUCAAUAGAAAGCGCCUCUCUUCUUCUUCUACUUCAUACCAACCAGUACUUACUCCUAAUAAAGACAACAAAGCUUCUAAUGCCUCCGACUCUUGGUAUAGGAAGAACAAAGAGAUAGUUCUAUGUUUCCGUUCAGCGGACUUACGUAAAUCCACGUUUCAAGACAUCUGUAAUAAAGCCGCAGAACUUGAAGCCUACCACAGGCAUCCAAACUCUGACCGUAAUGAGGUCAAAGUGCAGAAGGAUGUGCGCAGGUCAAUAGUGGAAGAGAUGCGCAAGCAAAAUCAGGCAACACUUGCUACCAUAUUAGCAAGAAAUACUGCCAGGAGAUUGUUGGGCGACAAAAAGCCUGGGACAGAAGGUGUAUUAGAGUCCGGGAGGAAAAUUGUACCAGAAGAAAAGUAUGAAACAGAAAGGGCAUUGUUGAGACUUCCCGGAGAUCGUUGGGUGACGAAAAGACAGAUACAAAAGCUGUAUUUAAGUCUAAGGGCAAUUUUAUACUUAAAAAGUGUAAGUCUAGGACACAAGAUGGUUUUGACUAUAUAGUGAAGAUUGUACCAGAAGAAAAGUGUGAAACAGAAAGGGCAUUGUUGAGACUUCCUGGGGGAUCGUUGGGUGACGAAAAGACAGAGACAAAAACUGUAUUUAAGUCUAAGGAUAUUUUUAUACCUAAAAAGUGCAAGUCUGGGAGAAAAGAUGGUUUUGACAAUAUAGUGAAGAUGGAUAAAGAGCCUAUAAAGUUAACUGGUGCCACAAUUUUUUGCAAGGUAGGAGGCCAAGGUGGAGGGGCUGUCGCUGGUGCCCUUGAAGCCCAUGUGGACGGGUUCAUAUUUACAACCUCCAGUUCCCAUAUUUAUAUGCAGUUUACGUUUAAAAAUGUGAAGAUUGCCUUCUUCCGAGUUGAAGACGGGAGAAGAUGAUGCCUCUCUUGCACUUCCACUUGCAUCACCCCGUCGAAGUGGGGGGAGAAAAGACAAAUGAUAUUCAAUUUCGUUUGGUGCCGACCCCAGUUGGACAGGGGAUAUUUGAUAAUGAUUCAGACAAGUUUGUGAAAGAGAACAAAACCAGGGAUAGGGGCUGUGGCGAAGAUCUACAGCAUUGUGUGGCCAAAGUUGAACAUAAAUGGCGGGGAUCACCUUCUCCGUUUUCAUUUCAUUGGGUAUAUAAGCAAGACGAAUUCUAUGGAGUAUGUAAGAAGGAAGAAUUUCAUGGGGUUCUGCCCUCCAAGGCACCAGCCGUCUUUGGCCUGCCUUUUUGUUAGCUAGUUAGACUUGCGGAUUCACCUUUCCUUGUGGUCGACUUAGAUGACAUUGAGAUUGUAAAUUUGGCUAGGCUUAGACCUGGGGAGAUUGAUAUGACUGUCAUUUUUAAGGACUUCACGCGUGAUCUACUUCAAAUUGGCUCAAUUCCUCUAUACUCGCUCGAUGACAUAAAAAGGUGUCUCAACUUUGGGGGUGUCAAGUAUUAUGAGAAUGAUCUGGAUCUGCCGUGGGACUCCAUAAUGAAAAAGAUAACAGAUUCUCCGGAGACAUUCAUACAGGAGGGCGGGUGGGAUGCGUAUAAACUCGAGGAUAGCUUUACUUCACUCUAUUAUCAGCACUGCUACUUGGAAGCAUCACAAAUUGUAUAUGGUGAUAGGCUUAUUGUUUAAUGUUUAACAAGUGAUGCAUUGGUGGAGUGAGAGGAGCAAUGAGAGAAGAGGAGAAGAGUAAAACAGGAGAAAAGUUGGGUUUGGUCCCUAGAAAGACUAAAUAAUCUUAAUUUAUUGCUCUAGUUUCUAUAGUUCUUGCUUCAGUUGUUCAUACACUUAUUUGCAUAUCCUGAAUGUAAUAUUUAUGCUUUUAGUAUCAGACGUAGAAAGUUUGGAUUGUA